GCGAUAUAGGCGCGUUUGUAUUCGUGUAUCUGUUUAGUAUUCUCUUAUGGACGAACACAAUAAAAUUGCAAGUUAUAAUUAGUCUUUUGUGUUAGUUUUAUUAUUCCGCGUUUGAUCCGUGGUGGCUUUAUUCAUACAUAUCUUGUUUAACAUGAUCUCUAUAUUUCUUCACCGAGUUGUUUAUUAAUUUUCAUUUUCAUUAUUGUUUUACAUACUUAUUUUCAUAGAUUUUUAGACAAAGUCCCAAGCGGUAUCAGUUUGUUACAUACAAACAUUGUUCGUGAAGUUUUUCCAAAUCAUUUGUUUGUACUAAUUAUUGAUCUAUAAAGGUUUGAGGCUCUCUCGGAAUAGAAAAUCCGAAUACAUUGCCAUGUUCGGUGGUCCCAUCGUAACAGUCGUGGUAAUAUGCGUUGCGGCUCUGCUCGGGUCGUCGUACGAGACACCGGCGGCGGCGAUGAACGUUUUGGCGGUGCAGACCGUACCGGGCAAGAGCCAUUGGAACGUGAUGAGUGCGGUGCUGCGCACGCUGACCGACCACGGGCACAACGUUACCGUGUUCACACCAUUUUUGGACGGCGACCGGGAACGCUACACUGAGGUGCACUUGCACGGCGGCGUCAUGCAGGGCGGCGUAGGGCAGGACGCGAUGCAACUGAUUAAGGAAUACUGUACCGUGUCUUCGGUGAUCACUAAACUGUCGAACUUCACGCGGGCGAGUUGCGAGAUGGCGUUCCGACACCCGAGGAUGACGGACGUCCUGCGCAACGGCCAUGGUCUCUCGGCCGGCUUCGAUGUAGUCAUUAUCGAGCCGCUGGUGUCCGAGUGUGUGUCGUACGUGGCCACCGUGCUUCGCGUCCCAUUGGUCUAUGUCGUGCCGUCGCCGAUCGUUACCCACUUGGAACGCUCGUUGUUCGGCCACCAUCCCAAUCCCGCGGUCGUCGCACACAUCCUGUCUAGUCACGGCAUGCUCAAAACGUUCAUCGAACGCCUGACCAACACUCUGUUAACGGUAUACGGUUCGUCGUUGAAGUGGUACGCCGACCGUCAGGAAAGGCUGUCCAAUCCUCAACCGUUCGACCGGGUCGAUCUCGUCAAACCGUCGUUGACAUUCACCAACACCCAUUUCAUCACCGAACCCUCUCGGCCGUUGACGCAAGGCAUCGUACAAAUCGGCGGCAUACACCUCGCCCGAUCCAAAAGGAUACCAAAAAACAUUUUGGAAUUCAUCGAAGGAUCUCCACACGGAGUGAUUUACUUUACGUUCGGAUCAGUAAUGUCGAUGUCGUCGCUACCGGAAAACGUACAGAACGCGUUUAAAGAAGUGUUCGCUCAACUUCCCCAGAGAGUUUUGUGGAAGUACGAGGGUGAGAUGAAAGACAAACCAGAGAACGUGAUGACCAUGAAUUGGUUUCCGCAACGUGACGUGUUAUUGCAUCCUAAAGUGAAAUUGUUCAUCAGUCACGGUGGUAUAUCCGGAGUGUACGAAGCUGUAGACGCCGGCGUACCAGUACUUGGAUUUCCGUUCUGUUACGAUCAACCGAGGAAUAUCGAAAACUUGGUCGAUGCAGGCAUGGCGAUUUCCAUGGACCUGUUGACCGUGAAUAAA